AUGUGUAAUUAUAAUAAUAUCUUUGUCAAUAACAAAUUAUAAUAAUGAAUAAUUGUACUUUUAUUAUUAUUAAGUUUAUUAUUAAAUCCAUCAAAAUUUGCUGCUUAAAGUGCAAUACCAUAUUUUAUUUUUUUCAUAUGUAGUUUUAUAAUGUGUCAUUUGACGAUUUAGUGCAAUUGUUUCAUUUAUUUGUUUAUUUAUUUUUUGCGUAAGAUUAUAUUUUUUCUUUUUUAUUACAAUACUCGAUAGUCGAAAUAUUUCGUAAAUUUUCAAAUAAUAUUCAGCCAUUUUGGUGCCUAUAAAAAAGAAAAAUGGCUGAACUCUAUACAGAUGGCGUUUAUUCUCCUAUUGUUUAUUUAUCAGUAUCAUCAUCAUCUGUCAUGUGUCAAUUGGAUUUUAGUCAAAAAAAAUAAAAUACAUAUUGUAUAAAUUUAUAAUAAAUAAACAUUGUCAUUGUAAAUUAAUUAUAAAAUUAAUUCUUUUAAAUAUGUCUGAUGAGUAUACAUUGCCCAGGGCACCAAAUGAACUUUGCUUCAAGGCUGAUGAUUUUAUAUCACCGGAUUUUGACGUGGACAAUUUUCUUCAUGAACAUCGUAAAAAUUCAAGUCUUGAAACAAUGCGAGAUGAUUUAGGUGUUUAUUUAAAAAUUUUGCGAUCAGCAAUGAUUGAAUUGAUAAAUAAAGAUUAUGCAGAUUUUGUUAAUUUAUCAAAAGACUUGAUUGGUCUUGACAAGGCAAUUGAUCAAUUGGAAGGACCACUUGGUCAAUUGAGAGAUGAAGUUAUGCAAAUAAAAGAUACACUUGAUGCUGCAACAAUUGAUAUGACAAAUGGUCUUGAUGAUCAAAAAUAUAUUAAACAACAAAAACAAUGUAUGCAUAGUUUAGGAAGAGUAUAUAAAUCAAUAAAAAAAUUAAUGCAAAUAUUAGAAACAGUUGAUAUAAAAUUAGAUAAAUUAGAAAGAGCAGCAACUGAAUAUAAUCAGUUGAAAUUUCAUGCAUCAAGAUGUCAUGAGUAUUUAACAAAUGACAUUAAAAAAAAUAUUGAAUUAUUAGAAAAAAAAUUAAUGAAUAAUCUUGAUGAACAAUUAAUGUCUUGUGUUAAAAUAACAAAUGUUGAUAAAUUAUCACGUUGUCUUAGAAUAUUUGUGACACUUGAUAAAAUUGAUAAUGCUGAAUUGUUAAUUAAAAAAAAAAUUAUAUCACCAUUAACUGAUAAUAUUAUUGUUGAAAAUAAUAUAUAUAAUGAGCCACUUGGUUUAAAUGGUUUAUAUUUAAAGCUGUUGAGUAUUCUUGAUAAUGAACUAAAAGAUAUAUUAGAUAUAACAUCAAAACAAGAUAUAAAUUCUGAUAGAAAAUUUAAUUUUUUAGUUAAUAGUUAUUGGCCAGAUGUUGAAGAAAAAAUUGAAUUAAGAUUAAAAAUAAUAUUUGCACCUGGUAAUCCAGAAUUAUUUCAUAAACGUUUUAUUGAGACACUUGAUUAUCUUGAUAAAUUAAAAUUAAAAUGUAGUAAUAAUGAUAUAUUAAAUGAAUUAAUUUAUCAUCCUUUGUAUAUUCAAUUUUUAAAAAAAUGGAAUUUACCAGUUUAUUUUCAAAUAAGAUUUCAAGAAAUUGCUGGUAGUGUUGAGCAUAUUUUGUGUCAACCAAUUUCAUCAUUGUUAAUUAUAAAAAAUGAUGAUUUUAAUUUAAAUACAACACAAAUAACAUGGAAUUCAAUUAUUAAAAUUUGGUCUGAUGAUAUUUUUUUAUCACAAUUACUUCAUCAAUUUUGGAAAUUAAAUUUACAAAUUUGUUCAAGAUACAAAACAUGGAUAUCAAGUGCCUUGAAACAAAAUUGGAUUUUAUCAUCAAAAACAAUUACAAGUGGUAAUGUCAUUGAAACUGAUGGACCAGAUAGAAUUGAAUUUCUCAUAAGUAUGUAUAAAGAUCUUGAAAAAUUCAUUAGUAAAUUAUCAAAUUUAUCAAUUGUCAAAUUAAAAUCAAACUCAAUAAAACCAACUGUUGAAAAAAUUCUUCAAGAUUCACUUGAUGAUAUGAUUAAUAAUUUACAAUCUGAUUUACCAAUUAUUACUGAUAAUAUUGUUCAUGAAUUACUUGAAAAAUGUUCACCAAGUUUAAAACAAGUCAGUGAUAUUCCAAGAUUAUUCAGAAGAACAAUGAGAGAAAAACCAACUCAACCAUGUGCCUAUGUUAAAAAUUCACUUGGAUAUUUAAUUGAAUUUAAUUCAACAUAUAAUAAAACUCUUCCAGUAGCUGUUAAUAAUUGGCUUUUAUUGACUUUAUCAUCAUUAACUAAACAGUAUUUUUCAUCAGUAAAAGAUGUUCUUGAAUCUGUAAAAAAAACUGAAGAAAGUCUUCGUAGAUUAAAAAAAAUACGUGAUAAAUCAACUGGUACACAACAAAUAGAAACUCAAGGUAUUACUGAUGAUGAAAAAAUUCGUAUACAACUUGAUAUUGAUGUUUCAAGUUUUAUUGAUACAAUUAAAUCAUUUAAUAUUAAUCCUUUAAAUAUAAAACAUCUUGAUGAACUUGUUGAAGUUGUUAAAGCUGCUGUUAAAUCAAAAACAACAUCAUCAAAAUAAAUAAUUUAUAUUAUUAUUUAUGUAAAUAAUAUUAAAAUUUUAAUAAAAAAAUAAAAUUAAUUGUUAAAUUUA